AUGGCUCCUAGUAAAGGAUGGAUGGAUCUUGUUGGUGAUCGUCUUAAUGAUAUAUAUUUACGUGGGGUUGAGGAAUUUUUAGACUUUGCUUUUAAGAAGACUGGGAGGCAUGGGGAAAUACGUUGUCCAUGUGUCAAGUGUAGUAACACGUAUUCCGCCACACGAGAAGUGGUAGGGACACAUCUCAAGGUGUACGGAAUAAUACAUGAGCCUAGCAAUGAGAUGCAUGACAUUUUAAGGGAUUUAUAUCCAGAGUUUUGUGGUCAAGAUACAAAUGAUAUGGAUACGGAUAUCUUCGCUUGUGAUAUUCAUAAAGAGGAACCGAAUGAGGAAGCGAAUAAAUUCUAUAGGUUACUAAGAGAUUUUGAGCAACCAUUAUACCAAGAUGAAUUAUUACCUCAAGGAUCUAAUUUGCCACAAUCAUAUUAUGAUGCAAAGAAAGUAAUUCAAGAUCUUGGUCUCUCAUACAAAAAAAUUGAUGCAUGUGUAAAUAAUUGCAUGUUAUAUUGGAAAGAGGAUGAGAGGCUAGAUUUUUGUAAGAUUUGCGGCUAUUCUAGAUGGAAGACUGAUAAAUAUAAUGGGGAAGACAAGGUUAAAACCAAUGGGAAGAGAAUACCAAAAAAAAUUCUGCGUUACUUUCCACUAAAGCCAAGACUUCAAAGAUUGUUUAUGUCCACAAAGACAGCGUCUUUGAUGAGAUGGCAUAAAGAUAAGAGGGUAGAUGAUGGAGUGAUGAGACACCCUGCUGAUUCAAUGGCAUGGAUUUCCUUUGACAAACUACAUCCAAAUUUUGCCUCAGACUCUCGCAAUGUGAGACUAGGCCUUGCUAGUGAUGGAUUUCAACCUUUUGCCAAUUCAAAAAUGCCAUAUAGUCCUGAGGUUCCCGGAGAUGCAAUUGAUAUCUAUCUUCAACCUUUAGUAGAAGAACUAAGAGAGUUAUGGGAAACUGGUUGGAGUACUAAGGGAAAGUUGGCUUGUCCUUGUUGUAAUAAGGACACCUGUUGGAUGAGGUUGGCUAAUGGAGGCAAGCAAUGUUAUAUGGGUCAUCGACGAUAUCUUCCUCUUAAUCACAAAUGGAGAAAUGAUAACGAAUCUUUUGAUGGCACAAGGGAGCGAGGGUUACCACCCAAGCCACUUUCAGGAGAUGAUAUACUUGAUCAAGUGAAAAAUCUUGAAGGGGUCAUAUUAACUAAGGCUCCUCAUAUGAAGAAAGCAAUCUCACAUGAUGGUAGGGGGGACAAUUGGAAUAAAAAGAGUAUAUUCUUUGACCUUCCAUAUUGGAAGACCUUAUUGCUACGUCACAACUUAGAUGUCAUGCACAUUGAAAAGAAUAUAUGCGAUAAUAUACUAGGGACAAUCAUGAACAUAAAGGGAAAAACUAAAGAUGGCAUCAAAACUCGCCUUGACUUGCAAGCAUUAAAUAUAAGGCCAGAGUUACACCCAGUACAACAGGGGAAUAAAGUUGUGAUACCUCCAGCAUUGUACAGUUUAUCUACUUCUGAAAAAUACAGGCUUUGCCAAUUCUUGAAGCAGUUAAAAGUUCCAGAUGGAUUUUCAUCCAAUAUUUCUCUUUGUGUAAACAUGAAAGAGAGUAAAAUCUCAGGAUUAAAGAGUCAUGAUUGUCACGUUCUUCUAUUACAUAUACUUCCUCUUGCAAUACGUGGUUUACUUCCUAAAGUAGUAUAUGAACCACUUGUUGAGCUGUCAUUGUUCUUCACUCAUUUAGGAGCAAAGUCAUUAAAGGUAGAUGUAUUGGAGCAAUUAGAAAAGCAAAUUCCUAUAACUCUUUGCAAGCUAGAAAGGAUCUUUCCACCUUCAUUCUUUGACAUUAUGGUGCAUUUGCCUAUGCAUUUGGCUAAUGAAGCUAAAAUUGGUGGACCAGUACAAUAUCGUUGGAUGUACCCAAUAGAACGAGCAUUAUAUUCAUUUAAGUCAUGUAUUCGUAAUAGAGCUUGUGUAGAGGGUUCAAUUGCAGAGGCAUACAUUGCAAAUGAGUGCAUGACUCUUUGCUCAAGGUACUUGCAUGGCAUUGAGACAAAGUUCAAUCGAAUGGAUCGCAACUAUGAUGGUGGCAAUAAUAAAAAUAAAGGAGGCUUAUCAAUUUUCUCCAAAGUAGGACGAGGAUUAGGUGCUAGUAAAACUCGUGAUCUUGAUACACAGGAGUGGGAGCAAGCUUAUAUUUAUGUAUUAAAGAAUUGUGAUGAAGUCCAGCCAUACAUCGAAAAGUAUUCACAAUUGCCAGCAACCAAUUUAGUAGGUAUGUCAGAAGGUCAAUGGAAUAAAAAUUUUGUUAGAUGGUUUAUGACGAAAGUUGCGUGGUUGCAUAAAAAUGACUCAAGUCCAAUGAUGGGAGCCCUACUCUCAUUAUCACGCGGUCCUGCUCGAUAUGUGACAUCUUUUUAUGGUUACAUUGUCAAUGGGUAUAGGUUUCAUACUAAAUAUCAUGACCAAGGAAGACGUGUGGUGUUAUUUCGUUGUAAUUGGUGGGAUGUUUAUGAUCGAGUGAGGGGGGUUAAGAUUGAUGAAUAUGGGGGGGUUAGUGUUAAUUGUAAACGAACUUUGAAAACAAAUGAACCUUUCAUUUUAGCUAACCAAGCAUCACAAGUCUUUUAUGUUCCAGACAAUAUUCACAAAGGCUGGCAUUGUGUGAUAAAGGCACAUCCUCGAGAUUCUUAUGACAUCCCAUUAGAAGAAGACAUUGACCCUGUUGACUUGAAUCAAUUAGGUGAAGCAUAUCAAGCUGAUGAAUCUGUCAAUCUUGAAUCUGGAGAAACAACUACAGCUGAUGCAAAUGACCAAAUUAGUUGGAAGAGGAUGGAUAUAGAGCCACAAAUAAUUGAUAUAUCUUUAACACAGAAGAAAAGAAAACAUGGAUCAUGA